UUUUUUUCAGUUGUAAAAUGAUCUCUCGUGCGUGUGGAUAUGCAGUGCGCGAUGUGUGAAAGACAAAAUGAUCGCAGGCAAUUAAUACGGUGAGCCCGAGCCGUUAGAGAGCAUCCGAUACAUAUUUACUGACUUUUCCCUCUCAAUUGGAUUACAUAUUGUAGCGCGUGAGAAUGUGGGAACAGGAGGAAUUCGAGAAGCAUUGGAAAAACGAGUUUCCCGAAGGCGAGGUGCCCGUGAUGAACCUCAGCUCGGUGGAGGACAUAGAGACAGAGCUGGAGAAAUGCAAAGCCAACCUGAAGAAGUUACAGCAGGCGCUGUCUGAGGAAAAGUUCAAGGUGAUCUACCUGCAGGCCACCAUCGCUCAGAAAAAGAAAAGUUACGACCAUAGAUGGGUUAACAAUCCGGAGGACGAGAGUUUAGAGAGGGGCAACACUAGUAUAACAACCCCCGAAAGUAAAUGCGUCGAUGAGGUGCUUAAAGGCAGUAAGACAGGUAAGCCCAUUCUCGUACCCCCUCGCAAAAAGCCCGGCGAUGUCCAAGAAGAACAUACAUCGGAUCGUGACGUAACUCAGCCGGACGGUAAACUCGUUGGCGAGCGACGGGACAGCGACAGCGACCACGACUACGAAGACGAGGCACUAAACGAAAACUUCUUGCAAAGAAAUAUAGUUAAUCCCAAAAGCAAAGUCCAGGAUAUUCGUCGGGGGAACCCCUUGAUCCGUAUAAAUCGAGAUUUGGACUCUGAUGAUGGGAGAAUGUCUCCCUCACUGCCGCUUCGCGGCUUUCACGGCUCCGGACGCAGCACACCUGACAGGCGCAGUGAUGGAUACUUGAGCUCCGACCAUGAAGACUCUUCUUCCGUAGACUUCAACUACAACACCGACGGCUACGAAGGGGAGGCGGCAGAGGACCGGAAAUCUCAGGAUGGUUCAGAGACCAUGCCCUUCAUCGACGAAUCUCCCACCAUGUCCCCUCACCUCUGCGCACACGGUCAGGACGGAGAUGCCGUGUCACCCACGGCAAAUGACGGACUGCUGUCUGGGGGAGACAAUGAGAAGGGUUUGGAGAUGAAAAAACUGGUGCUGUCUGGUUUUCUGGCCAGUGAGGAGAUCUAUAUUAACCAGCUGGAGGCUUUGCUGUUGCCAAUGAAGCCUUUGAAGGCCACGGCCACUACAUCAAAGCCUGUGCUGACUAUGGAGCAAAUUGACACUAUUUUCUUCAAGAUCCAAGACAUCUUUGAGAUUCAUAAGGAGUUUUAUGAUGCGCUUUCUCCAAACAUUCAGCAGUGGGAUGAGAAGGUCACCGUCGGACACCUCUUCAAAAAACUGGCCAGCCAGCUUGGUGUGUACAAAGCCUUUCUGGACAACUACAAAGUUGCAGUGGAUACGGCAGAGAAAUGCAGCCAGGCCAACAUCCAGUUUCAGAAGAUUUCUGAGAAUCUCAAAGUUAAGGGUCCUAAAGAAUCCAAGGACUGCACCGCACACUCCACCAUGGAGGCUCUCCUCUACAAGCCUAUUGAUCGUGUCACCCGAAGCACUCUGGUCCUCCACGAUUUGUUAAAACACACCCCUAAGGAUCAUCCAGACUUUCCGCUGCUACAGGACGCUCUGAAAAUAUCCCAGAAUUUUCUGUCCAGCAUCAAUGAAGAGAUCGAUCCACGCAAGACAGCUGUGACCACACCCAAGGGAGAGUUUCGGCAGUUGGUGAAGGACGGUUUCCUGGUGGAGGUGUCGGAGGGGACGCGCAAACUCCGUCAUGUCUUCCUCUUCACAGACCUUCUGCUCUGUGCCAAAAUGAAGAAGACCGCAGUGGGGAAACACCAACAAUAUGAGUGUAAAUGGUACAUCCCUUUGGCUGAUCUAAGCUUCCAGACUCUGGACGACUCGGACUCUCUUCCUCACGUCCAGACGCUGCCUGAGCACGAGAUCGAGGAGAUGAAAAUCAAGAUUUCUGCCAUUAAAAGCGAGAUCCAGAAAGAAAAAAAAUCACAAAAGGGUCAAAGUCGGAAUUUGGAUCGCCUGCGGAAAAAGAUGAACGAGCAGGAGUCGUGGCUGCUGUUACACUCGCCCACCAUCCCAUUCCGCAUUGCCAACAAACACGGAAAGAGCUUCCAGUUCUUGCUCUCGUCAGACUACGAGAGGUCAGAAUGGCGCGAGACCAUUCAGAAACUGCAAAAGAAAGAUCUGCAGACGUGUGUAUUAAGCUCUGUUGAGCUGCAGGUGUUAACCGGCUCGUGCUUUAAACUCAGAACCGUCCACAACAUUCCCGUCACCAGCAACAAAGAUGAUGAGGAAUCUCCUGGUUUGUAUGGAUUCCUGCACGUCAUCGUACACAAAGCCACAGGCUUCAAAGAAUCAGCCAAUCUGUACUGUACACUGGAGGUGGACUCUUACGGCUACUUCGUCAGUAAGGCCAAAACCCGUGUGUUCAGAGACACGACAGAACCGCAGUGGAAUGAGGAGUUUGAGAUCGAGCUGGAGGGUUCUCAGUGUCUGCGCAUCCUGUGUUACGAGAACUGUUACGACAAAUCCAAACUGAAUAGGGAGGAUAAUGAGAUUGUGGACAAGAUCAUGGGAAAGGGCCAAGUACAGCUGGACCCACAGACCGUGCAGUCCAAAAACUGGCACAUGGAUGUCAUAGAAAUGAAUGGGAUUAAAGUGGAGUUUUCAAUGAAGUUUACAAGUCGGGACUUAAGCUUGAAGCGAACACCGUCUAAAAAGCAAAGUGGUGUGUUUGGAGUAAAAAUCAGCGUUGUAACAAAGCGCGAGCGCUCCAAGGUGCCUUACAUUGUGCGUCAGUGCAUUGAGGAGGUGGAGAAGAGAGGGAUUGAUGAAGUGGGCAUUUACAGAAUCUCAGGCGUGGCUACGGACAUCCAGGCCCUCAAAGCCGCAUUUGACACCAAUACCAAAGAUAUCCUGGUGAUGUUGAGUGACAUGGACAUUAAUGCCAUAGCAGGGACACUGAAACUGUAUUUCAGGGAGCUGCCAGAACCUCUUCUCACGGAUCGACUGUACCCAGCCUUCAUGGAGGGCAUAUCUUUAUCAGACCCUGCAGCUAAGGAAAACUGCAUGAUGCACCUGCUGCGGUCGCUACCGGACCCAAAUCUCAUCACGUUCCUCACCCUGCUGGAACACCUGAAGAGGGUGGCAGAGAAGGAGCCGGUGAAUAAGAUGUCUUUGCAUAAUUUGGCCACAGUGUUUGGUCCCACCUUGCUGAGACCCUCGGAGGCAGAGAGUAAUAAAGCUCACAUCACGCUGGCCUCUGACAUCUGGAGCCAUGACGUCAUGGCACAGGUUCAGGUAUUGCUGUACUACCUGCAACAUCAACCCAUCUCCUUCUCCGAGCUGAAGAAAAACACACUUUACUUCUCGACUGACGUCUAACCACCGUGCAACUGACUCCCUUCCUACCAAACGUCGUCUUUUAUUUCUGUACAAACCAACAGUCCGGCAGGGAACAGAGAGACAGUGUCCAUCGUCCCCUGCACUCGUUGUGUCCAGUCGUGUUUCUGUGUAAAGGGAGUCCAGGCCUCGCGCCCAUCACGGUGAAGAACUGAGAGAGACCAUCUCAAGCGUGUCCAGGACGCAGCAUCACCUAUUCGAAAUUUUGCACUUAUCACACCGUGUCCUGAAACACACACACACACAAACACAACACGGGAUGCCGGUUCGCCAUAGUCGCAGAUGCCUGCUGGGAUGCCUGCGUCCGACGUGCCGGAUGCUCUGAAGCUCAGUUCAGUGAUCCCGGAGCUGGAGGCGACCUGUUAUUAAACUCCAGUAAACGGCAGCAUUUAUAUGUUUUAUAAAUAUUAUUUGUUCGAUAGGUUUUUCAUACGCAUUUGUGCAUGUGAUACAAGGGCGUGUGACGUGAGAGAGUGGAAGCGAACAUUUUUUUCCAAAAUAAAAUCUCAUGCUGCGAGUGGCCAUAUUUCGAUUUGAGAUCGCAGACCUUCCUUGUCCGAGUAAAUCCAGGUCCUAUUUAUUAUGACCAUAUACAGUUAAUUGUGCCUGUACAAUUCAGUACAUGUAAAGUAGAACUAUUGUUUCAUUUUACCUUUCGAGGUAUGGGACGGAAACCGUAACGGUUAAUCCGGUUUUUGGGCAAGUCAUGGUUUGCAAGAUUGGAAACGUUGCAUCUUGAUUCAGGAAUAAAUGUCUCCCGUGUCACUUUUGCAAGCCGAAGUGUCUGUUGAUAACUCUGUUGUAGAAAUAUCUGUGUUAAUUGCAUGAUCAACACUUGGGCAGAUUAACACGCAAAGGAUGGUUUCAUUUUUGUAUAUGAAUUUUAUUUAAUUAUUAAUAUUAUUAUUAUUUUUGACUCCACUGCUGAACGGCACUGGCAGAACGAAGGGAACAACAAAACAACUUUUCUGCUAUAAAGCCAGUAACGUGUAAUUCAUACGCACUGUUAGAUUGCAAACUAUUUGAUAUUUUAAUAUAAGAUUAAAAACUGUUGUAUUUUAUUUCUGUUGGAAAGAUAUUGAGUAUACUGUAUUGAUAAUAAGGAUAAUGUUGAUGUUGACCUUUUUUCUGUUUUUUUAGUAAAAUAAAUAAAAGUGUAUCUUGAGCACUAAAAA